UUAACAUUAGUGAACCUUAUGAGUGACAAAUGCCAACUGCCAACCUGAAAAGAAUUAAAACUCAAAUUUGCAUACCAUGGCACAAAAGUCAAAAAACUUUAACAGGGACUGGUGAAGUAUUACUUAGUGAGCCCAGGCUUUAAAGCAUUUGUCAAUGCAAUUUUUAAAAAAUAAACGCUUUACUAACUUCACUCUCACAGAAAAUUAAGUUUGCAAUAUAGUGUAAUAUAAAGUUGUAUACCAAUAGAACUCUAUAAUCUCAAGUAGUUUAAAGCAGACUGCAUACAAGUUCAAAGAAAUAAAACAAUUUUAACUUAAGCUUUUCAAGUUUUUUUAAAAGCCAAGAGUAUAUCAAAGCACAACUCUAAAACGCUUAAUUAACAGGUUGUUAUAAUUUCUGAGGCUUCACAGAGUUUCAAAAUACUUUAGUUUUACUUUUUAAAAGUUGAACUUCACCCACUUUCAGGAGUUAAAUAACAGUUUACUACCUCAAAAUCAAACCAAAGAGACUCAUGUUUGAAGACACUCUCUCUACAAUAAUCCAGGCUUCCUUCCUCUAUUUUCCUAACUAUUCACCCUAGGCAUAUGACAUCUAUGACAGCGAACAAAACUGCUUACAAUCUAUGUAUGUAACAACAGUCUGAAGAACAGGUGCAACACUAUUUAGAUGCAUGCUUUUUUAUACUAAGCCUAAACUUGCCCUGGAAAGAGAUUUAAAAAUAAACACAUAUACCAAAAGUUAAAUAAUCUUAAUAAUCAAUCUUUCCAGAAAGAUGCAGCAAAUUGGAAAUCCAAGACAGGAGAAUAAAUUACAAACGUCUUUCAAAAAAGUUAGGUGAGGUAGCCUAUCAAAGGUUCACAUUACGAGGAAUGAUUCAGGCUCAACUAUGAAGGGUUCUGAGAGGACAUUUAACUUUGCUUCUCCUGCAUGAGUUAGUAAGAUGAGACAAGUACGUUUUACUUCAAACUAAUAUUCAAUCUUUUCUCAGUCGUUUCAUAAAGACAGCACAUAGGAUCCGGUUUGGCCUUUUCUAAGAAAACAAGGGGACUUGUGGAGUGUAGGAGGUCUAGCGAAGGGUAUUCUAAUGAGAAAAUUUCAAAGUUGAAAGCGUUGAUGAGUCACUAAAGAAUAACUACAGAAUCCAAGUGGGUAAGGCAGCAUCUCAGGUAAAAAAGUACUUAAAGUUGACGGUGAUAAAUGAAAACUUCCCAGGCCACCGGCAGCCACUGCGCUUAGGAACAGCCCUGGGAUCCAGCGUGGCUGUCAAGGGGCAAGUGCGUACGAAACGGAGGGGCAGGGGGCAGACAUGCCAAGUAGUAAAGGGGGGGUGGUCCGGGAAAUGGUGGUAAGACGCCCAUCCAGUCCCUCUCCUCAGGUCCUCCAGCUAAAGAGGAGCAAACGAAAGCAAACUCUGUGCCCAACAGCGCCAAACCGGACUCUCCCAGAGAGAGGUGCUCGGCCCCAAGCCCCGGAGGCCCGGGAAGGCCGCCUCCGGAGGAGCCCCCGCAGACGCCAUGCUAAAAGCCAAAAUGGCUGCCCCGAGGAAGCCCGCACCGCGUACCCAGUGAGGGCUAGGGAGCAAGGUUCUGCAGGAAAGGGGGAGGGGGACUCCAGAAGAAGCCGCUGCCGGGACCAUAACCCCGGAGCAGCACAGUUUCCAGUUACCACCCUCCCUUGCCAUAACUUUUGGACAAUAUUUGGGAAGAUACUGGCCAAGAGAAAAAAUGAUAAAAUUUUUCCUCAUGGUGAAUAAACAAGGGCAGACCCGACUUUCUAAGUACUACGAACAUGUGGAUAUUAACAAGCGUACGCUUCUGGAAACAGAAGUCAUAAAGAGCUGCCUCUCCCGAUCCAGUGAACAAUGCUCUUUCAUUGAGUACAAGGAUUUUAAGCUGAUAUAUCGGCAGUAUGCAGCUCUCUUCAUUGUGGUUGGAGUUAAUGACACUGAGAAUGAGAUGGCUAUUUAUGAAUUCAUUCAUAACUUUGUGGAAGUUUUAGAUGAAUACUUCAGCCGAGUGAGCGAAUUAGAUAUAAUGUUUAAUUUAGAUAAAGUACACAUCAUUUUGGAUGAGAUGGUGUUAAACGGCUGCAUUGUGGAAACUAACCGGGCUAGAAUUCUUGCUCCUCUACUAAUUCUUGAUAAGAUGUCAGAAAGCUGAAAAGAAGCUCUGCCAGACAGAUUUCAAACAGCGUGGAAUCCAUCUAAACAUCUGUCACUCAAAGGAAUCUGGGAGACCACAACUGCAAAAUGGGGUGUUCUUCCAAAGACAUUAUAAGUAUGUGUUCUUUGGUUCCUAAAUGGAAAGUAAAAAUGCAUUUAAAAAUAUGUACAAAGAAAAUUUUUCUCUGAAAUGAGAGACAAGUUAGUAUUUUCUAGCUAUGUUUUUCCCACUUCAAAUUUUCAGUAAGGACCCUAAGGACCCUUUUUUGAUCUGAUUCCUUUUGCACAUUAAAUUCAAGAAUAGCAGGAUGGUGGUGAGAAGAAAGUUCUCUGUCAGUUAAUAAAAUCUCAAAAUUAAACAUGGCAUUUUGAUUAACACUGUUUUCUAAAUGAUGUCUUUUUCCUUAUAACAUUUUAGUAAAAUUUGCUUUUCUUUUUAGUUUUUUAAAAAUUACUUUUUAAAGACAGGGGUCUUGAUACAUUGCCCAGGCUAGGAUGCAAUGGUUACUUACAGGCGUGAUCACAGCUGACUGCAGCCUCAAACUCCUGAGCUCAAACAGUUCUCCCACCUCAGUCUCCCAUCUAGCUGGUACCACAUGUGUGCAUCACCGCACCCAGCUUUAAAAACUUCUCUAAUGUAUACCUACCAAAGAUUGCAGAAUUCAAUUUUAUGUUAUUUGCUAAUUUCUAAAAGCAUUCAAUAUCCAUUUUAAAGGUACUUAGCAAUUAUAAUACCAUCAUGUAAUUAAGUCUGUGGAGAAUGCUGUUAUAAAAUAAUGGUUAGACAUUAAAAGACAACACUGACAACUGUCCUUCAUGGCUGUUUUAAAGGGUUUGUCUUACUAAUCCUAUUGUUAAUGAAAUUUAGUUCAAAGUUUAAAAUUAGAAUGUAAGGCUGGGUGCGGUGGCUCAUGCCUAUAACCCUAGCUACUCUGGGAGUCUCAGGCAGGAGGAUUGCUGAGCUUAGAAGUCUUACUCUUGCUCAGGCUGGUCUCAAACUUUGAGUUUUGUUAUCCAGGAUGACUCAGUCCUCCUACCUGAGCCUCUCUCCUCAAGUAGCUGGGACUACAGACGUGCACCAUCAUACCCCGCUUUCAAAUCUUUAUUAUAGCAUAUUGGUAUAAUUGUUCUAGUAUCACUUUUUUUUAUUAAAUCAUAGCUGUGUACAUUAAUGCAAUCAUGGGUACAAUGUGCUGGUUUUAUAUACUAUUUGAAAUGUUUUCAUCAAACUGGUUAACAUAGCCCUCACAGCAUUUUCUUUUUGUGUUAAGACAUUUAUAUUCUACACCUAGUAAAUUUCACAUGUACCCUUGUAAGAUGCACUCAGUGGUCCCACCAAUUACUCUCCCUCCACCCAUCCUCCCCUCUCCAUCUCUUUCCUCUUCUUCUUGGGCUAUAAUUGGGUUAUAGCUUUCAUAGUAAGACUGAGUACAUUGGAGACUUCUUCUUCCAUUCUUGAGAUACUUUGCUAAGAAGAAUAUGUUCCAGCUCCAUCCAUGUAAACAUGUAAGAGGUAAAGUCUCCAUUUUCUUUAAGGCUGCAUAAUAUUCCAUGGUGUACAUAUCAUAUAUCACAAUUUAUUAAUCCAUUCAUGGGUCAAUGGGCAUGUUCUAUUAUCACUUAUUGUUAAUCUCACUGUACCUAAUUUAUAAAUUAAACAUUACCAUAGAUGUGUAUGUGUAGGAAGAAACAUGUAUGUAAGACUGGGUACUAUCCUUGGUUUCAGCCAUCCACUGUCAGUCUUAGAUCAUAUCCCCCCAGGACAAGGGGAUCUACUGUAUAUGUGCAUGCAGGGGUGGAAGGUCAGAUGCAACGGAGCAAACAAAUAUAUUUUGGUAUGUUAAUACUGUGCUAUUCUAUGGAAUGUAUCAAGAAUCCUUUCAUCUAUACCAUUAUUCUCCCAAAAGAGGACAUAAAUAGAUGUUUGAGGGACCAUUCAGAACUUUGCUGUUUUUUUCUCUCUUGCAUCUGAGGGGAAUAGAGGCUUUUUUUUAAAGUUCUUUAUCCAUUUGUAAAAAUCUACUUGCAUAUUUCAAAGUUUGUAUCUGUAAUGACUCAGACAAUCAGAAAAUAGUGUACUCCAAGAGCAACCUGAGUUGUUUGGGACUCAAUUCAUUAAUGAGGCAGAGGGAAGGCUUCUGACCUGUAGGAACAGUGAGUGGUAUGUGUGUACAGAUCCACCUUUGUAAUAAGCAGCCACCAUCUGAGGAAAGCCCAGUCUAGAACAAAAGUGCAGUGGAGGUCUUUCUGAGACACACUAGUUGGGAAACACUGUCCUAGUUGGUAGGCAUUUAAUCAGUAGCACAUUGAGGUAACUGCUGAAACUGGUACACCAGAAGUAGCUAGGGAGUGAACAAAAUUAAUUUUUGGGUCACACCAAAAUAGUAGUUGAAUUACAUCUUGGCAUAGAUUUUAGUAUCUUGAGAGAGUAACAGUUCAAAAAGCAGUAGGUAGGUAUUAUGGGAAAAAAUACUUAAGAACUUAACAGUACAUGUAGAUAAUAUACCCUAGUAGACGUAGCCUAACACUUGACCAAAAGUAAACUGUGAUGGGACUAUCUGCACUUACAGGCUGUGUCUAAAGUGAGUUUCCAUAUUUGUAAAAUUUAUGUUUCAUGGUCAGCAUACUUUGUUCUUGGCCUUCUUCUGAAGGACUCCUGACAUUUCAAAAAAGUUAAUGAUUUCAUAAAACUCACUCAUCAAUUUACCUACUAUAGCAACUUGCUAAACAAGGGCUCAGCAGACUUUUGUAAAGGGUCAGAUAGGAAAUAUUUUUUGCUUUGUGGGCCAUAUGGUCACUGCUGCCACUACUAUACAAAAGCAACCAUCAGUAGUAUAUAAAUGAAUGAACAUGGCUGUGUUCUAAUAAAACUUUACUUAUGGGUGCUAAAAUUUAAAUUUUAUAUACUUCUCACAUAAAAUAUUAUUUUUUUUCAACCAUCUAAAAACCAAAACAAUGCUUAGUUCAUGGGACAAAAACAGGCAGCAGGCCAUAGACUGCUGACCCCAGUACCAUGCUAGUCUUGGUAAAACUAACUAUCAACAGACAUUUUAGAGAGUAUAAUAAGGGCAACACUAUACAGAUAAACUGGAUUUUAAUUCUAACACUAGUUUAUCAUUUUAGUCAUGUAUUCAUGACUUUAUUGCAACACCACAAUAAUUUUUUGGAUCACAACAUAGGUCAUAGAUUUAAAUAGGUCAUAGAUUUAAAUAUUGUUAUUAUACUUUAUUUUAACUUUAAUUCUCAUAGAGAACUGUGAAGCUGACAAUAAGGUGAAAUAGUUAAAUGCUGCCUCUGAUUACAUAAUCACAACAUUCUCAUGCAGCAAAUAAAAACAGUACCGAAAUCAUUAACUUUAAUGGGGGAGGUCUCUUCUAAUAUAGAAAGGGAAUGUACCUUUUAAACAGGUAAAUACUGGGCAAUUUCAAACAUGCUUUUAGUUGCUUAAAAAAUCCUUUGGCUAAAUCAGACCUAAUGACAUUUCUUUCACCUAUGCACAGAUAUAGUAAUGAUACGGAGUUUGGAAAAAGGAAAUACAGGCCAUUCUUCACAACCAGGAAAUGCUGUAUCCUGGAGGUUACUUUACACUAACACAGCAUUCAAAAAUCAUUAUUAGAUCAAAGUCACUUCCUUACUUACACAUCACUCCAAAUAUAAUGGUAAGUAGUGGAUCUGGUUUUUAAAAAAUUAACACAAACACUGGCCAUUUUUCUAGCUGAAGAAUACUUUAAAAUUGAACAGUAGGUUCACAAUUAAGUGUGUGAAUAUAUAUUUUUUUCUGUCCCUCCAAUUUCAGUAAAUGCGUUUACUGUAGAAAAUCAUACAUCUAUGUAAUAAUUUCAGAAAACAUAAAUCUGAAUGAUUAAAAAUGAAAAGUAUCUGGUUAAGCUCUUCGGUCUGAUGACUCCAUAUGGUGAAAGUCACAUAACACAGGCUUGUACGCUGCAAACAUUUUAAUGAUUAUUGUUGAGCAUACAUUUAGGAAAUUUUUUUACUUCAAACUGCAACAAGUUAAAUAAAUGUUUAUAAUAUACAAAGAAAAUACAACCAAAAGUAAAACUUGCUUUAAGUGUGCCUUGCACUUAGACCAGUGUUUCCCCCCGUUAAUAUAUCUUUAUUUUUGAGCUGCACAAACACACUUAAGAAUUUGAUCUUUAUAGUAUGGCAUUUAGGAAAUAAAAAUAUACUCCCACCUCAAAGAAAUAAAAAGGUUGUGCAUGAUUAUAUGCCAAACAAAAGAGAGAACACUAGAAUACUCUGAUAGUGCAGGCAUCAUUAAAAA